AUGAUACGUUUAGCUCGUGAAGGAUUCGGUAAAGAUAGGGGAAGUGGUGCUAUACGAAAAGAUUGUCAGAAAUCGGUCCAUAAAGAUGAACCCACUGCGGCUACGUUAACUUCAAGUACAACUGGUGCAAAACUUAAUUGUAUUUUCUGUGACCGCCCUCAUCUAAGCCAAGACUGUCAAAAGUUAUCUGAUAUGAGUUAUGAGGACAGAAAAUCGCAAGUUAUAAGGAAAAGAUGCUGUCUCGUUUGCCUUAAGGUUGGACAUUUAGCAAAAAGGUGUCAUAGUGGUGUGAGAUGCGUAAUUUGCAAACGGAGACAUUAUCCAUUACUUUGCCCGGAUUUACGCAAGGAAAAGGAAAGUAAUUUUUCGUCUAAGGACAGAACAGCCGAUAAUGAACAGAGAUCUACAGAAACACUGCUAACAAAUCUUCCCUCUGAACAUGAAAUAUAUCUCAAAACUAUUAUGAUCAGACUACGAAAUAGAGACAAGGAAGUCUGUGUUCGAGCAUUGUUAGAUGAUGGAUCCCAGCGGUCCUAUAUUGAAAAGAAUUUAGCUGCAGAACUAUUCCUUUCUCCAUCUGGAAGAGAGAUAUUUUCUCAAGGACUGUUUGGCGGAGGAAUUUCCCCUGCUUCUGAACAUAAGAGAUACAUGGUAAAUAUAGAAAGUUUAAAUCGCAAAUAUUCAACUCCAUUGUCUCUUCUCGAGCAACAAAAGAUAUGCUCAACCCUGCCUAGAAUACAUGACAGAAAAUUGCUUUCUGAGCUUGCUUCCAGAGGAAUAAAACUUACAGAUGUUGGAAGAGAUUCACCACCUAUACGAGUUCUUCUGGGAGCUGAUAUACUUGGAAGCAUUUUGACUGGCAGAAUAGAAGUAUUAUCUUCAGGAGUAUCUGCAGUUGAGACCUUGCUGGGUUGGACAAUUUUAGGACUGGGAAAGAAAAAGGAAGUUGUUAACCUAGUCACAUUAAGCUUACAAAAUAUGGACGUGCCUAAAAUGUGGGACUUGGAAGUUUUGGGCAUUACAGAUCCCAUAGAGAAGAUAAAGGAAAGCCUUCUUGAAGAAGAAACUUUGACCCAUUUUAAGGAAACAAUUAGGAUCUGUGAAGAUCAAAGUUAUGAAGUGGCUUUGCCAUGGCUAGCUGGGCAUCCUGCUCCUAGAGUUACUACUACUGCUCGUGGAGUUACGACUACUGUUCCUAGAGCUCGUGAAAUUACGAAUACUGCUCCUAGAGUUAUUACUACUGCUAGUGAAGUUACGACUACUACUUCUAGAGUUACGACUACUGCUCCUAGAGUUACGGCUACUGCGCCUGGAGUUACGACCAAUGCUCGUGGAGUUACGACUACUUCUUCUAGAGUUAGGAGUCGGUGGAAGUUGGAAUUGUAA